UAAUCGACUGCAUCCUUGAUUUCUUAGUCGACGACUCUCAUUCUAUGAAAUUCUCCUCCUGCAUCUGCCGUUCUUUUCUCCUCCGAGUCCGGUUCAUUUGUUCCGUCAAUUCCACCCCGAUGAUUAUCGUUCCUUGGGCGAGGUUCACGAGAUGUUCGGGAAGUCUCCCCAGAUAUCAGACCAAGUCAGAGUCUUACCCCUUCACAGUAUUAUGCUGAUAAAAUACGAAGCCUCUGCAGCUGAGCACCUUGCUCCUCUGAUCUCCUCGGUCUCUUUCCUACAGGCAAUCAGAUUCGCCCACCUGAAAUGGACAAUGGUGCCACAGGCCUUACGAGACGUACUCCCUUCGCAUGUUUUCCAAAGCAUCACUCAUCAUUAUGUCGAUAUAAACACAUCCAACCAAUGUUCCCUCAUUUCUGGCUCUCACAACAGCCUUAAAAACCUCGAGGUAGGGGUAACACGAGGCAACAUAUCUUUCCAGCACAUUAUGGGAUUCUCGUCACCACGCAUAAUGAAUCUAUCUCUAGGUACUAUAUGUGCCUCUACAAUUAUUUUUGCAGAACUCGUCCUCUUUUCUUUCAUUUAGGCAUCUUCACAUUCUCGACAUACGGUUCUCUGAUUUUUUUCUCCAUGUGCUGUCUCCACAAGCUGCACUUACCUGAGGGUGACCUAGCGGAGUCGGACUACCUUCCCUCGCCUCAACAUCUUCGAAUCUCAGGACCACUAUCCCUCACUGUA